AUGUGGAUGGGCAAGAUCGGAAACAAGUCCGCCUCCUUCAUCAACCACAAGCACUUCCACCCGGGCAACAGGAGCAACCUGGAGAAGGUAUGGCUGGCGGAGGAGAAGCACAAGGCGGAGCUGAAGCGCCAGAAGGAGAUGCGGGAGAAGCUGGCGGAGGAGAUACGCAUGACGCAGUUGAAGCGCCAGCUAAGGGAGCAGGAGGACCAGCGCUACAAGGAGUACCUGCUCGAGCAGCGGCCGCCCAGCAAGUACCAGGUGCCCGCGGCAGGGUCGAAGCUGGACGGCAGCGAGGCCGGACUGAUCAUCACCAAGCCCGCCACGGAGGCCCAGCCCAGGAGCCGCGAUGCGGCCAGCCACAAGCUGGUGAUCAGGUCGAGCUACCGUGAGGACGUCCACGAGUGCGGCCACUCGAGCGUCUACGGCAGCUUCUACGACCGCGCUACGGGGCAGUGGGGGUACCGCUGCUGCGGGUCGCUCAAGCGCGGGGCGGCGUGCCCCCUGAAGCGCCGAGCCGGCUCGCGCAAAGGUGCCGCGAGCGACCCGAAGGACGCCCAACAGGGACACACGCCCGCUACGGACGACGGCAACGAUAACAGCGGCCACGAAGCCGCCGCCGAGGACGAUCGCAAAUCGCAUUCAGGGAAGCGCGAGCUGGAGGACGACACCGGCUCCCCAGCUGAGCGCUGCCCAGCCAAAGCCGCCAAGCACAAGCGCCGAGGCGACCUGAGCCUCGCGGAGGCCUUGGACAAGCUAAAAAAGAUGGAGGCACUGGACUGA